UCAGUCUUGGACAAUGUUAUGUCACGGUUAUCUCAUCUCAUCUUCUGAUUUAUCGCAUGCAUGCGUUCCCGUCUAGUUGCAGCACAGUCGCUUUCGAGUUCUGUUCUCUUUUCGCAUGUUUCGUCCAGUCCUUUUUCGUACUCUGUUUGUUGAUGGGCCGAUGCGAGUCUACAUCACGAUGGAUAUCAUAUUUCUAGUAUCAUAUCAUAUACGUACUCCUCUCCCUCCUGUUAUCUUUCUCUUUAUCAUGGCCAUUCUUUUUCGUUCUCACUUCUCAUUAGGUGCUCCGUUAUAUAUAUGUACUUAUAGCUAUAGCUCUUUUUUCGCAGUAGAAGCCCAAAUUUACAUGUUUUUAAGUCCUUCUGUUCCGGGCUACUACCAGUUCUUAUCAUUCCAGGCCAAGUCUCAAGUUUUCAACUCAGAACUUGUUCCGAAUAGCACUAUGCUUCGAGCGAGCGGUGCUCGGCUCUAUUAACAUUAGAACAACUUGGGCGAAACUUAUUGUUCUAGCUUCUUCUAAUAUCACUCGGAUCGGCAAGAUACGCCUGAAGAAGCUUAUGACCGUGUCCAGAGUUCUUGAGAGAAGUCCGCGAAUUAGAGCGGUGACCGUUCGAGUUGAAUUGCUG